ACGAAGCGGAGCGGCUCGGUUCGGUUUUCUAAGCGACAACGAAAAAAGCGUCAAACCGGUCCACCAAAACCAAAUGGCAGUUAAAUAAAGCUAUAAACUCAUAGAGCUGUAUGAUCGUACAACUCAUUGGCCGCUGAACUGUCAAUGGCAUUUAUCGAUAUCGGAACUAUAUGUAUGUAGAUAUACGGCCGCCUGUGUAAUCAUGAGCGACGCGUAGGGCGAAAAGUUGGCUUCAAAAAGUUUGUACUAAUAGAAAAUAUGGCCGGCCAUUGAGUGUGGCCAAAGAGCAAAGUUUCUGGCUGGAUUCUCCGCCCCAUUCCCAUUCCUCGGGGCCAGGACGAACGGCCUGAGAGCAACAAGGAAUUUAAAAGGCGACCACCACAAUGGACUAUGGCCGGUGGCUGCUGCAGCUGAGCGUCCACAUGCUCCUGGUUGUGCGACGCAUUCAGUGUCUACGUGUGACUGACAUCAAUGUGCCACAAAUUGUUGAUUUUCGUGAUAACGUGACAUUAUCCUGCAGCUAUGACAUAAGUGGUCACACGUUAAAUUCGGUUAAGUGGUACAAAAACGGAAAGGAGUUUUUUAGAUACUCGCCACUUACGCCACCCACAUAUAUACCAUUCGCGGUGGACGGUGUGCAGCUGAUCGAUGACGGCAACGAAUGCAAUGAAUCCUCGUGUCGCGUGGAGCUUAAUUUAUUGGGCAUCAAAUCGUCCGGAGUCUACAGGUGCGAAGUGUCCGGCGAUGCGCCCCACUUCCAGUUAACUGCACGCGAUGCCAACAUGAGCGUAGAGGCUCUUCCUCAGAACAAUCCCCUUAUCAGCAGCUUUCACUCCAUGUACCGCUUCGACGACUUUGUUCAGGUGAAUUGCAGUACGGACUUCUCCAGCCUAUUCACGCGGAUCGCAUGGUACAUCAAUGGAGUGAAGGUUUCGCUGGUGGAUCUCCUGCCCAGCAUUGAGACCACGAUUGCCGCCCACGAUUACAAUCUGCGGCGCAUCGUGUCCCAGCUGAACUUCUACGCCAACGAGCCGCGCUUCCACCAGGCACAGCUGCAACAGCUGAUGCUGCAGCGUCAGCAACAGCCGCAGCAGAAGCGCACCAUCUCCCCGGCCCGCCUCGGCCUCGAGCUGCGAUGUGUGGCCGAGAUCGACAGGUAUCCGCAGCUGCAGCGAGAGGCGAGCAUGUACGCGCAGCUCUUCCGGGAUGACAUCGACCUGAAGAACCAAAAGCUGAUCAACUCGAGAUCGGUUGCCACUCGUGGUGGACACAGCAUACAAUUGCAGCAGCUGCUGCUCCUGGUGAUGGCGUCUGCGGCUGCAGCAACCGCAGCGCGACUCUUGACGCCACUGACAUUUCAAUAUGGCGCACGGAAGUCGGCGCGCUACAAAAUGGCGUCGACGAGUGCGUGUGCGUGUGCGAGUGCGAGUAGAAUCCCCUGCUGGCCGUAGUGCGGAAUGGACUUUCUGUUAUUUUCCGGUUUUUGUUGCGUUUGUUUCAACCAUUUUAUAGCUCUAAGCAACUGAAAUGCACGUGAGAAUUUACAAAAAACAAAAGGCAAACCUAUGUAAUUUGUAUGUAUAAUUGUAAUAAAUGUCACUGAGUAACAAAAAAUAAUUACAUGAAGUGGGGAGACCUGUAACUUAAGCCAAGGCAAGCGAACCCUGUAAAUAGCCUCUAAGUAUGCAAUGGUAUUGUAAGAACAAACGAAACAUCAUCAAUAAACA